AUGGCGUGUUGUGGGACAUGUCGCCCCCUGGAAGGUGACUGCGCGCUGCAGCUGUUCACGUUUGAGGACGACGAGGGGAGGGACACCUUCUGGCACUCCAGCGCUCAUAUUUUGGGAGAGGCUCUAGAGCAGGGCUCUGGAGCAGGAGUACGGGUGCCACCUAUGCAUUGGCCGUGCACGACACGAGGCGAGGGAUUCUACUAUGACGCGUUUUAUGGGGACCGCACGCUCAACGACGAGCACUUCAAGGCCAUUGAGGGCAAGGCAGGGAGGCUCAUGUCCUGCUAUGUUUCCAUCCAUCUCUCUCGCCCCCUCUGUUUUCCUCUCCAUACACAGGGUUUCUACUAUGAUGCGUUUUACGGGGAACGCACGCUCAACGACGAGCAUUUCAAGGCCAUUGAGGGCAAGUCGGGCAAGUCAGCCAAGGAGAAGCAGGCGUUUGAGCGGAUCGAGGUGACGCGGCAGCAGGCGCUCGAGAUGUUGCUGAUAACCCCUUCAAGGCAAGGCAAGGCAGCCAAGGAGAAGCAGGCGUUUGAGCGGAUCGAGGUGACGCAGGCGGCAGCAGUGCUCGAGAUCAUCACUACCUUCUGCCUGCUCGAUCAUCAUCGCCUCUUGGAGGACAAGCCCGUCACGCUGUGGGAUUAUCAAGGACCUCCCAGAGGACAAGACCAUCACCGUGUACCGCUGCGGGCCCUUGGCAUCAGCAUCGUAUUGGAGGGGGCAGUCAGCAGAGAGAGCUUGCAGCGAGUGUACGGCAUCUCCUAUCCCGACAGCAAGAAGCUCUCAGGAGUACCUGCACGUGUUAGAGGAGGCCAAGAAGCGGAUCAUCGUGUUGUUGGACUUGCGCAGGACCUCUUCUUCUUCCACCCGCUUAGCCCUGGAAGCUGCUUUCUUCCUGCUGCUGCAUGGAGCGCGGAUUACAGCAAGCUGGUGGGGUUCAUCCAGGGCCCAUGGAGUGUAAAAGUCUUUCUUCCCGCUCACCCCCGUCUACUCUCCUCGUUUCUCCCACCCUUUUUCCCUGCCUGCAGCCCAGGAAGCUGCUUCUUUCUACCGCACGGCGCGCGGAUAUACAACAAGCUCGUUGGGUUCAUCCAGGGGCGAAUACAGGAAGCGAGGCUACCACGAGGUGAGGGGGGGGGAGAAGAUGGGAGGGCGGAAGAUAUGGGAGGGAGGGAGGUGGUGGGAGGUAGUCACCCCCAACAUGUUCAACAUGGAGCUGUGGACAUCUCAGGCCACGCGGCCAACUACAAGGAGAACAUGUUUGUGUUCGAUGUGGAGAAGCAGGAGUUUGGGCUCAAGCCCAUGAACUGCCCCGGCCACUGCCUCAUGUUCGCCCACCGCGUGCGCUCCUACCGAGCCAACUACAAGGAGAACAUGUUUGUGUUCGAUGUGGAGAAGCAGGAGUUUGGGCUCAAGCCCAUGAACUGCCCCGGCCACUGCCUCAUGUUUGCGCAUAGGGUGCGCUCGCAUUAUACCGAGCUGCCCCUCCGAUUCGCUGACUUUGGCGUGUUCCACCGCAAUGAGCUCUCUGGCGCUCUCACUUGCUUGCUUCAUCCCCCCUCCCUUCAUCCCCCCCCUUUUCCCUCUUCCAUCCCUUCUCCUGUCCCCCACCAGAGCUGCCACUCCGCUUCGCUGACUUCGGGGUGCUGCACCGCAACGAGCUCUCUGGUGCUCUCACGGCCCUCACACGCGUGCGACGGUUCCAGCAGGACGAUGCGCAUCUUCUGUGAGGAAGCUAGACGAUGCGCACAUCUUUUUGAGGAGACCCAGGUGGAGGCAGAAGUCAGUGACGUGCUGGACUUCCUGCAGACCGUCUACGGCAUCUUUGGCUUCACCUUCGACCUGGAGCUAUCCACGUGCCGUGCCUCACUGCUGGACUUGCUGCAGACUGUCUACGGCAUCUUUGGCUUCACCUUCGAUUUGGAGCUCUCUACGGUACGAGCCCAGAGAAGCACCUGGGAAGUCAAGACGUGGGACCGUGCAGAGGCCGCCCUGACCAAGUCGCUGAACGCGUUUUCUCCUCCCCCUCUCCCGUUCCCCAUUCACGUCCAGAGAAGCACCUGGUGGGGAGGUGGAGACGUGGACCGUGCAGUGGCCGCCCUCACCAAGUCCCUGAACGCGUUCGGGGCGGCCGUGGCAGAUCAACGCGGGCGACGGGGCGUUCUACAGAGGGAAGCACUCACUCCUCCUCACUGUGUGCCUGUCUCCCACAUCCACCCCGCCUCCCUGUCCUCCAGCGCCCAGAGCAGCACCUGGGUGAGGUGGAGACCGCCCAGAGAAGCAUCUGGGGAGGUGGAGACGUGGGACCGGCGCGCCGAAGCGGCCCUCACGAAGUCCCUAAACGCGUUCGGGCGGCCGUGGCAGAUCAACGCGGGCGACGGGGCGUUCUACGGGCCCAAGAUUGACAUCACGGUGUAUGAUGCGCUCAAGAGGGAAGCACCAAUUGACAUCAUGGUGUAUGAUGCGCUCAAGAGGAAGCACCAGUGCGCCACCAUCCAGCUCGACUUCCAACUGCCCAUCCGCUUCAAGCUUGAAUACUCCGCUGACGAUGAGGCUGCAGGGAGGAAGCGACCGGUCAUCAUCCAUCGUGCCAUCCUGGGUUCAGUGGAGCGCAUGUUUGCCAUCCUCCUGGAGCACUUCGCUGGCAAGUGGCCCUUCUGGCUGAGCCCUCGCCAGGUCACCGUGUGCCCCGUCUCUGAGAAGUACUCGCAAUACGCCACCAAGGUCACCGUGUACUCCGUCUCCGAAAAGUACUCGCAAUACGCCACCAAGGUGCGGGAUGAGAUCCAUGCUGCUGGCUUUGAUGUCGAGGCCGAUCUCUCCGACCGGAAGCUUCAGAAGAAGGUGCGGGAGGCCCAGCUGGCCCAGUUCAACUACAUCCUGGUGGUGGGCGCGGAGGAGGAGGCACAGGGCUCGCUGGCCCAGUUCAACUACAUCCUGGUGGUGGGCGCGGAGGAGGAGGCGCAGGGCUCGCCCAUGCCCCUUGCACUGGGUUUAGCAGGGUGUUACCAGCUCCCUGAUUUCGUCCCGUUAGCUUUCGCAAAAUGGACAGUAUGUGUGUAUUCUCUAUCGAAGGACUCUUGUCUCGGCUCGUUGUUGUCACGGUCUCUAUUAUCACGCGACCUUCCCUCCCAUCCCCUUCUUCCUUCCCUUUCUUCUCCGCCUAACGCUUCCUUCCCCCUCUCUCUGGUUUCCUCCAAUCCCCCUAACUCAGGCAUCCCUCCCGACCAGCAGCGGCUGAUUUUCGCCGGCAAGCAGCUCGAGGACGGCCGCACUCUUGCCGACUACAACAUUCAGAAGGGUACGAUUCUGAUGUGUCGCGCUGAUGAUUCGCGAGACUCGGCUCUUCUUCCCACCACCCCCCCUCCCCUCUCCCGCCCAUCUCUCUCACCCCUCUUCCUCUCGUUUCUCUCGUUCCCCACCUCCGUCCCCUCUUCCGCCUCUUCUCUUCGUCCUUUCUCGCAUCCCUUCACUUCCUGUCGCAAUUUGUGUAUUCCUCGCUCUUUCCCUGUUACAAUCACUUCCCUAUCACGCCCUCCGCUUGCGGCUGCGUG